AGGCUGGCUCACGCUGGCUGGUGUGACAGUUGGAGGUCACAUGUGGCUCCCGGAAGAGGCUGGCUCACACUGGCUGGUGUGACAGUUGGUGGUUGUUGAGUAGCCAUCUUUGAGGAGAGUUGAUUGCUGGUAGUGUGCAGUAGUGCGUGUGCACAGUGGCUGUUCCCAGUGACCGGAGGCAGAGCAAGCAGUGUCAGUGUCCCUCAGCAGCCCGGUUUAGGAACCAUCCGUUGUCAUGGCUCGUACUAAGCAGACAGCCCGUAAAUCUACUGGAGGAAAAGCCCCCAGGAAGCAGCUGGCCACUAAGGCUGCAAGGAAGAGUGCGCCCUCCACUGGUGGGGUCAAGAAACCUCAUCGCUACAGGCCGGGUACUGUGGCUCUCCGUGAGAUCAGACGUUACCAGAAGUCCACUGAGCUGCUGAUUCGCAAGCUCCCCUUCCAGCGUCUGGUUCGUGAAAUCGCUCAGGACUUCAAAACAGAUUUGCGCUUUCAGAGCGCUGCUAUUGGUGCUUUGCAGGAGGCGAGCGAGGCCUACCUGGUCGGACUGUUUGAAGAUACCAACCUGUGCGCUAUCCACGCCAAACGUGUCACGAUUAUGCCAAAAGACAUCCAGCUAGCACGCCGCAUACGCGGAGAACGCGCUUAAAAUUCCCAUCUUGAGAAAACAUUGUCAUCUUCAAACCCGUAAAAAAAAUAAAUCUCUUCUUCCUUGUUAUUGGUAGUUUGAGCGUUAGUUAUAUAUAUAUUUUUUUUUAUUUUUAUUUUUUCUUCCUCCAUGGGGUUAAAAGGUACCUAAAAUAUAUGGUUGUAAAUGGACACGUAGGGGACAGGUUCGGGUGUGGGAAAACUUCUUCUUCCAUUUUGCAUUUGUGUGUGACUUUUCAUUUAGAUGCGGUGACAUCGUGCGUUUUGGUUUACCCGUCGCCUGCUCCCGGCAGAAGCGGAUGUUUUUGCGGGUCUGACCAAUAUUCGGCCUGAUCACUCACUAGGUGCUGGUGACAUCACUGCGGCUUGAGUCACAAGGUGACAUUACACGUUCUUGGUGACCUAGGCAGGCCGUGAUUUUCCUUUAUAUAUAUAUUUUUUUUUUUUUGAUCGGCAUUGGUUCUGCCGCACUGUGGCCGUCCACCCGGUGUGCAGGGGACGGGUACAUCGUAGAUGCAGUCAAGUACUACAACAAAAGUUUGUUCAGUGAGUAAGAAACAACAACUUUAUAACAAAACAAAAUACAAAAAAAAGAUGAAUAAACCUGAUACAGCGUUUUCUGGAGAACGCCAGAAUUUGGAAUUUUUUUAAAAACCCGGUAAAUUUCUUAUUGGUGGCAACUAAAUGUUUGUAGCAUUUGUACCAUAUAGUAAAUUCCAUCUGUUCACUAUACUACUUUUUUUUUUUUCUCUAAUUGAGUUGUCCUACAUUCAAAUACAUGUUUUUAAUGUUGUCUGUCUUCUGUGCGGUCCUGUAAGUUUGCUAUUAAAAUACAUUAAACGAC